CGCCCGACCCCAACCUUGCCCCCAAACCUACGGGCGCGCAGGGGAUAGAGAAGAGGAGGGCGGUGUUGGUGUCGUCGGUGGCGGGGGUGAGCUGCGCCGCGUGCGCCGGGUCCGUGGAGAAGGCCGUAAAGCGCCUUCCGGCGAUCCAGGGCGACGCCGCCGCCGACGUCCUCGUAAACGGCGCCCGGCGAGAUCGGCGUCGGUUCCGCCUCGUGAGGUACGAGGAGCUCGGCGACAACCAAUUCACCAUCGACCGCUACCUAUCCGCGACGACCUCCUCAGCGCCUUCUCCUGGCACAACGACACCCUCAACGUGCGGACGUACGCGUUUGGGAGGGUUUUUGGUGUUCCUGUGGCUCGCGGUGGCAGGGACGAGGGAGGCGAUCGACGGUUUUUGGUGUUCUCUGGAGCGCCGCGUUCCCAGCUCGUCAGCAUCGCACGCCGCACCCGCUGCGGAAGCCGGGUUCGGCGUCAUAGCAGAAAUGAAAGGCAUGUCGAAUUUCUCGAACCAGUAAGGAGUAGGGACAGUCCCCACACAGAAACUGAAGAAACCAGCUGGAGUACGAAACCUAAAUAAGAAUAUUGGUAAUCAAAGUGAAACAGCUCCAACAAGAGUCGACACAAAUUUAGCUUCCAAACAGGCCAUGAGAGAAGAAUUAGAGGUUGUCAUGAGCGGCAUCCCGUUCCACCAUCACAACAAUGUGGAUAACCAAAGUAGUAAGAAGAAGAACAAAAGGAAGAGGAAGAAAGUAGAGGAGGAAGAGGAAAAGGAGAUAGUGAAGAAGGAGAAAUCGACGGUGAGCAUCGCAGUUGCUGCCUCCAUCAUCGACAACACUCAAUCCCUCGAACUUGCCACCCGCCUGGCAGGUCAAGUUGCUCGUGCCGCCACCAUCUUCUGCAUCGAUGAGGUGGUGGUAUUUGAUAACCAAGCUACACCAGAUGAUGAUUCUAUACCUACAGUAAUGAAGAACGGCAAUGAGGAUGAGAGCAGUGCGCAUUUUCUUGUGAGGAUUUUGCGGUACUUGGAUACACCACAAUAUCUUAGGCGUAGGCUCUUUCCAAUGCACAAAAGCUUACGGUUUGUGGGCCUACUUCCCCCUCUUGAUGCUCCUCACCAUGUGCGCAAGCAUGAAUGGUCUCUGUAUCGUGAAGGUGUGACAUUGGAUGAGAGUUGUGCAGAGGGCACCCUUGUGGAUGUUGGUUUAAGUAAGAAUGUUGUGGUUGAGCAAGUCAUUGAACCUGGAAAGCGGGUAACCGUAGCUAUGGGGACCAAUCGUAAUAUUGGAACAGCUUGUUUGCGAAAAGUUGUCUCACCAUCCAGUCCAAAAGAAGAAAUGGGAAUGUACCGGGGUUAUAAAGUUCGAUAUGCUUCAAGUUUAAGUACUGUUUUCAAUAGUUCACCAUUCAAGGGUGGAUAUGAUCAUAUUAUUGGUACUUCAGAGCAUGGCCAUGUAAUUAAUUCAUCAGAGCUUGUUAUACCUUCAUUUAGGCACCUUCUGAUUGCUUUUGGUGGACUUGGCGGUUUGGAAGAGAGCAUUGAAGAAGAUAGCAAUUUGAAGGGAAAACGCGUUUAUGAUGUAUUUAGUGCGUACCUGAAUACAUGUCCUCAUCAAGGAAGCAGAACCAUUAGGACUGAGGAGGCUAUUUUAAUCUCCCUCCAAUACUUUCAAGAUCCAAUAAUGCGAGCGGAGCAACAAUCGAAAAGAAAGUAGCUUCCUUUAUAAUGUGAAAACAACAUCGACAUAUACGCGAUAACCUGGCCCUCCAGCUUAUGAAUUUUUGGGCAAGAAUAGUCAUCCGGAGGAAUUUCUUGAUCCUGCAAGUAUUAUGGGAUGUGCUACAAGGUGAAUGUUCUAGUGCUAGAAGUUUUCUUUAUCCAAUGUUCUUAACAAGGGAUGCUUUGACUUGGGACUGGGGAUGUAACCAAUCUGUAUAACCAAGUUAUAUUAAAUACGCUCUUAUUUGUUAACAGUUACUCUGUUUUAGUAAAGUGGUAUAAACUCAACAAAGAUUUUAGUAUCGGACCAAAGUGGAAAAAAGGACCUUCGCUA